UAAGUUAAUUCGUUCCGGACGAAGUUGCUGAGUUGAUAUUAGCACCGAAUAAGUAGUAAAUAUAUAGACUUGAAGGAACUAAACUUGCGAAGGAGUCAGCUUUUUUGAUUGAAAAUGGAAAACUUAACACAGAAGGAUUGAAAUGAAAGUCAGGCGAAGCAGUCCAAGUCUUUUUUAAACACCCCUCCCCCUUACUUUGUUAUUGUUCCAUUUUUCCCAUCGAAGAAAAGAAAAUGGAUAUUACAAGGAUAUUGCCUGAAGAGUGCCUGUGUUUGAUCAUAUCGUUGACUUCGCCUGUAGAUGCAUGUCGAUCGGCUAUGGUUUCUCACGCUUUGAGAUCGGUUGCAGACUGUGAUGCAGUGUGGGAAAAGUUUCUGCCGUCUGAUUACAAGUCCAUCAUAUCGGGAUCAUCAUCAUCAUCAUCGUUGCUUUCGCUGGGGAAGAAGGAUCUAUAUUUUUAUCUCUGUUCUUAUCCCAUUCUCUUUCAAAAUGGUACCAUGAGUUUUCAAUUGGAGAAAGAGAGCGGAAAAAAAUGCUAUGUGUUGGGGGCAAGAGCACUUACAAUCAUAUGGGGUGAUACACCUUCUUAUUGGACUUGGACAUCUCUACAACAGUCCAGGUUUGGUGAAGUUGCUGAGCUGAGAAUAGUGUGGUGGCUGGAGGUGAAGGGAAAGAUUGAUUCCAAAAUUUUAUCCCCGAAUACAAACUAUGUAGCAUACCUAGUGUUUAAGCUUAAUAAAAGGUAUGCUAGAGGGUUUAGCCGAAGAAACGUAACUCUGCAGUUUAUUGUCAACGAAGUCGUUUCUAAAGUGUGGAACGUGUCGUUAGAACAAGAAGAUAAUCCCCAACAUGUUCGAGCAAGAGGAGAUGGAUGGAUGGAAGUUGAAAUAGGUGAAUUUUUUAAUGAAUGUGGGGAUGAUGGAACUGUGGAGUUUAGUCUCAUGGAGGUUAAUGGUUACAGGAAGCAGGGCCUCAUUCUUGAAGGAAUUGAGCUUAAACCUAAAAACUUCGCUAACUAAAAUACGCACUAACCAUUAGUGCCCAAAAUUUAAAUGGUUGUAUCCUUUCUAUAUUGUUUUCAUAUAUGCUACUCAUAAAGAGAUGUUACUUUUUGUAUAAUGACAUCCUUUAUAUAAAAAAUAAAUAUAAAUUUUAUUAUAUCUCUAAAAUUAAA